AUGGGGCUGGUGGAAGAGCAGGCCCGUGUUUGCCAGCGGCAUGUGGCAACCAUGGAGGCAGUGAUGACACCAGAGCUGGCUGUCCUCGAGUGCCAGUACCAGUUACACUCUUGCUGCUGGAUCUGCUCCACCCUGCAGGGGCUGCAGGUCUUUGGCAAGGCCACCAUCCAAGGUCAGCGAGGGAUCUGCUCUCACCCAUGCAUCUCUGCUGCCAGCAUUGCUUUUGCUGUGACCCCUGCCUGCAGCCGCGGGGAGCUGCACAAGUGUGGCUGCAACUGUGAGAUCUGAGGAGUCAGCCCUGAAGGUUUCCAGUGGUCAGGAUGCUCUGAUAACCUUUCUCAUGGGAUUACCUUCUCUCAAGCCUUCAUGGACAGCCCUGAGAGGAGCUGUGGUGUCUCCUCCAGCCGAGCGCUCGUGAACCUGCACAACAAUGAGGCUGGGAGGAAGGCUCUCCAGGCCCACAUGCAGGUGGAAUGCCAGUGCCAUGGCAUGUGAGGCUCCUGCGAGGUGCACACCUGCUGGAAGGUCAUACCACCCCUCCGCCACGUGGGCAACAUCCUCUAGGAAAAAUUUGAGGGGGCAGCAGAGGUUUACCCUAAGCAGGUCGGUUCCCACAAGCUCCUGGUGCCCAAGAGCUCUCGCUUCAAGCCCUGCAUGGCUCACGACCUGGUCUGCCUGCGGGCCAGCCCAGAGUUCUGCGGCCGGGACCCUCGGCACGGCAUCUUGGGCACCUCUGGGGGCCAGUGCAGCUGGACCUGGCUGGCCAUGGCCGGCUGGGAGCUGCUGUAGCGCAGGGCUGCCACACGGCCCGGGCGGAGGGUGCAGCGCUGCAGCUGCAAGUUGGGCCGGUGCUGCUCCGUCCAGUGCCGGCCCCUCGUGGAGCUGCACAGGUGCUGCUGA